GAUUUGUUUUUUGUUGGUGAGCCUGGCCCUGUGCUUUACUUUCUUCCUGCUCCGCUCCCGGCACCAGCUCCCCCGGCGGAGGGAGGCGGGACCCGCGCAGCAUGGCGUCCGCACUGGAGCAGUUCGUCAAUAGCGUGAGGCAGUUGUCCUCUCAAGGACAAAUGACCCAGUUAUGUGAGCUAAUCAACAAGAGUGGCGAGCUGCUGGCGAAAAACCUCUCCCAUUUAGAUACAGUGCUGGGUGCCCUAGAUGUCCAGGAACAUUCUCUGGGGGUCCUUGCUGUUUUGUUUGUGAAGUUUUCGAUGCCCAGUAUUCCUGACUUUGAGACCUUGUUCUCUCAAGUCCAAAUCUUUAUCAGCACUUGCAAUGGAGAGCACAUUAGAUACGCAACAGACACUUUUGCUGGACUUUGUCAUCAGUUAACAAAUGCACUUGUGGAAAGGAAGCAGCCUCUCCGAGGAAUCUGUGUUCUCAGACAAGCCAUAGACAAGAUGCAAAUGAAUACAAACCAGCUGACCUCAAUUCACGCAGACCUCUGCCAGCUCUGCCUGUUGGCAAAAUGUUUCAAGCCUGCACUUGCUUACUUGGAUGUAGACAUGAUGGACAUCUGUAAAGAAAAUGGGGCAUAUGACGCCAAACCCUUCCUGUGUUACUAUUAUUACGGGGGCAUGAUUUACACAGGCCUGAAGAACUUCGAGAGGGCGCUGUAUUUUUAUGAGCAGGCUAUUACAACUCCAGCCAUGGCUGUUAGUCACAUUAUGUUGGAAUCUUAUAAAAAGUAUAUCCUAGUGUCUUUGAUACUCCUUGGAAAGGUUCAGCAGCUACCUAAAUAUACCUCACAGAUUGUUGUUCGAUUCAUCAAGCCUCUUAGUAAUGCCUACCACGAGUUAGCACAGCUCUAUUCAACUAAUAACCCAACAGAACUUCAGAAUCUGGUGAACAGACAUAGUGAAACGUUUACCAGAGACAACAACAUGGGGCUGGUGAAACAAUGUAUAUCAUCUGUGUACAAGAAGAAUAUUCAGAGGCUCACCAAAACAUUUCUCACCCUCUCGUUACAAGACAUGGCGAGUCGAGUACAGUUGGCUGGAGCUCAAGUGGCAGAAAAAUAUGUUCUCUACAUGAUUGAAGACGGGGAGAUCUUUGCAAGUAUUAAUCAGAAGGAUGGCAUGGUGUGUUUUCAUGAUAAUCCAGAGAAAUAUAACAAUCCUGCUAUGCUUCACAACAUUGAUCAAGAGAUGUUACGAUGUAUAGAUCUUGAUGACCGAUUAAAAGCUAUGGAUCAAGAGAUAACUGUGAACCCUCAGUUUGUUCAGAAG